AUGGACCAUCUAGGCAACAUUUCCGACCCAUCUCUCGGGUUCCAAACGGUUCGGCUCUACGCAAAUAUCCGCACCAACGCAACCAACGACGUCAACUUCUUCACCUUCCAUCAAGGAGAUAAUGGGUAUAUUAUCCAUGACGAUGACAGGACCCCAGAGCCAACUAUGUCUCAAUUAGAAUAUGAGCUACCCCGAGUGUAUGAUCCAUUGACUGGAUUUGUUCAACGCUGGCUGUUUUUCGAAGUCCUAAGGGCCAUUCUUGGUCAUUUGCCUGGCUUCAGUGUUCUUCUUUUCACCCGAAAGGAUAAUGAACAGAACGAAUGGGUCACUACCAAGGAGCUACCCGAGCUCCUCGACAAAUGGCAGGACUACGAAAACCAUAACCCAAGUGGAAAAGCCCAACGGCUGAUUCUGGCACAACAAGUCUUAAACGUAGCCAGGUCUCACGUUUCUAAGAACUGCGCCGUGACUUCUACAGAGAUGAAGCCGAAAUGGCCGAUAAACGACAAAGUGGCUUUGUCUAUCAUGAUCUUGGGGGAGACUUUGACUAGUGCGCUAAUCAAAAUCAAAAAGACCGUGGAGUUUGAUCUUCAUGGUUGGUGUAACUAUGAUGAUCAGAGUCAGGGCUGGGGCUCUAGUAGAGCAGUGCUUGAAGAAUUAAAAAGAAAGAACUGGUGUGCCAAAACGGUCACUAUGCUGCAAGGACUAUUCAAAGGAAACACUAUCGGGCUGCUGUAUGCCUUACAAAUGCCACCACACGAGAAACCAGGGAUUCAGCAUUCUAAUUGCAGCCCGACUGAGUGCAAAGCUUCGUCGAUCAUUGCCGCCGAAGCUAAUCCGGAUGCUUAUCAGCAAUUCCAUUGCCCAGAAUGCUCUCGCGACACUUGCAGGGCGAUUGGACCGACCACAACCGAGCUGAAUAGCAUCGUUAAAAAGGGCAAAGUGCCACUACUACAAUACGAAAAGGAAGCGAAUGAAAUCAAGCUCAUUGAAAUGAAUAAGUCUUGCGAUAAGGACUACGUUAUUUUCUCUCACGUCUGGGCCGAUGGGUAUGGAAAUCCGGAUGCAAAUGAGCUCAACACAUGCGUCUUGAACUUAUUCUUAUCGCUUUUCGCCGAUAUCAGGCGUGAAAAUGUGGCUCAAAGCAAUCCUGGAAAUCCUAUACCACAAAACUUUUGGAUUGAUACUCUAGCAGUCCCGGUCGAUAGAGACUCCACAGGUCUGCGCAAGAAAGCAAUUGGAAUGAUGCAUGAUAUAUAUAUGGGGGCAAAAUAUACCAUCGUGCUGGACGCUGGCUUGAUGAGCAUGGAUAGGGGCGAGGGAUAUACGCAGCCAGCAAUGCGUAUCACUUUGAGCAGAUGGAUGACUAGGCUCUGGACUCUGCAGGAGGCAGUGUUGAGCAAGAAUCUCUAUUUUAACUUUUCAGACCAGGUUUAUUCCUUGGACCGCCUCGAAAGUCUUUUUGAACGGGAAAAUGAUCCACUUCAUUCGUGUGUAGCAUUCGUAUCUCGCACAUAUUAUCAUGGAAUCCUACAACGCGAGAGCCGAAGAAUGCAUGGGCCAGAUUCAACACCCAAGGACAGAAAAACCGAUCAGAAUUUCAUGGCCGCGGUGUGGAAGGCUGUACAAUGGAGGACCACCACACAUUUGCAGCACGAGACCUUAGCCCUUGCUACUCUCUUCAACGUCAACAAUAACGAGUUUGCAGAUGCCAGCAACACAAGUGGAAGCUCAGGAUAUGACCAAGAGAUACUUGAUCGGCGAAUGCAGAAGCUUUUGGACCUACUAUCUGCCGUAGAUCCAUGUCCUAUCCCACCAGGGAUGAUAUUCCUCCCAGGCCCGCGACUCGCUGCCAAGGGAUAUGGGUGGGCUCCGCGGACAUGGCUCUCGGGUCACCAGAUUGAUACACCAGAUCCUCGGACACCCGAGGCUAGGAAGGCAAGACUGAACGUGCCGCACGGUUUAGAGGUGAAAUUCCCUGGAUUUUGCCUGCACAGGUUGGCGGAUGAUAACGAAUCGCUAUCUGGGAGUAAGGAAUUUCAUUUUCCGACUGACGGCUCACUACUUCAAUGGUAUCGCGCCGUUCCUGCAGAUGAAGAAAAGUUUCACCUGCUGGAUCGUAAGGUGAGUAAUCGCGAGUUGGCAAUUAUCGUGCCUCAUCUACUCCCGUCAAUUCGGGAGAUUGCGCUUCUCGUCACAAUUGCCAAGAAACAUGACGGUAUUUUCUUUGUCGAGAUUCUUACUCGCAUAUGGAUGAGCUUGGAACGCGACCCAGAAAUGAUAAAGGCACUACGUGUGAAUAUCCGGAAAGCUAAUUUCGGCAUCAUGUGGGCGGGUGAAAAGCUCUCUGAUGAACAGGUCUGGUGCGUGGAUGGACGACAAGAUCCUGGGUUUCUGCUAUCGGACUUCUCAAAUGACACCUCCGCGGAGCCAGCGGCCAGACAAUUUGUUACCUCAAGAAGCAGAACCUGGACUGACCGUAUGAUGUCGAAGGCAGGGAAAAGAUUGAAGAAUUGGACAAAGAUGGACGCUUAA